UGAGUGUUUCUGUGUAUGUCUUUUAUAGGUGGCUACGGAGUUGCAACAGGAGGGCCUUUAGCUUGGGGUCUGUGCUAUAACAGGGAAAUGAGCCCAAUGCAAUCAUACUGUGACGAGUCCUGGAAAUUCAAGUACCCUUGCAGCCCUGGAGCUGAAUACUACGGACGUGGUGCCUUACCCAUCUACUGGAACUUCAACUAUGGAGCAGCCGGAGAAGCCCUGAAAGCUGAUCUCUUGAACCACCCUGAGUACAUUGAGCAGAACGCGACACUUGCCUUCCAAGCUGCAAUCUGGAGAUGGAUGACACCAAUCAAGAAAAACCAGCCCUCGGCUCACGACAUCCUCGUCGGAAACUGGAAACCAACAAAGAACGAUACGUUGUCCAAACGUGGCCCGACUUUUGGCAGCACCAUGAAUGUCUUGUACGGAGAGUACACAUGUGGUCAAGGUGACAUCGACCCAAUGAACAACAUAGUCUCACACUACUUAUACUUCCUUGACCUCUUGGGUAUUGGAAGAGAAGACGCAGGGCCAAACGAGGAGCUCAGUUGUGCUGAGCAGAAACCAUUCAACCCUUCGACUGUACCUACCUCUUCCUCUUCGUAAGUCAUCAUUGUUAUCAAGUCUCUCUCUUGCUUCGCUGGAUAAAAUGUUACGUAAUAAGUGAAAAUUGCUUGUGGUAAAAAAAGAAGAAGUGUGUUUUAAUUUUGUCCCUUUCAGCCCUUAUUAGAACUUAUGCAAACAAAAUUUUAUAUAUUUUUCUGUAUGUAAAAACCAUAUUAUUUAAUUAUUGUAUUUGCAGAAUGUGUGUAAAAAGGAGAAAAGUAAGGAAACAUAAAUGUGGUUUGAGAAUGAAUGAAUGAAUUAAUGAUGAUGUUUUGUUUCUCUA